UGUAUAAAAUCAAAAGAGUGCUAGAGCAGGAUUGAGUUCGAACAGUAAUUUUCUGGGAAAAUUCUGUUAUCGAUUAUUACAUUUCAAGUUAUUCUUCUAUCAUUGGAUCUCAACUUCCGGUGAUUUCGUAAGUUUGUUUGCGGUAACACACCUCGCAGGGACAAAGAAAAAGUAGAUUCCUCAGUGUAAGGAGUGUGCACACCUCUACCGGUAUCCCGCUUUCACGAACUGCGCGCGCUGCUGAUGGUGAUGCAUUCCGCAUAGUUUCGCACCUCUAUACAGCAGGCGCAUGACGAAAGAAGCGUGCUUUAUGGGGCGAUGGUUUCUUUAAACAUUUCAUUAUGUAAAAGCAUGGAGAGUAAAAUAAACCUAAAGCAACAAUUUCUUCGAUCCUUGCAGAUUUCUUACAGAUACGGUCAGCUAAUCUGGGUUAUGGACCGCCAUCUUUCUUGGGUUCCAUUUAUGAACUUUGCCCGUUGUCCAGAGGAGCAAAAUGUGGAGGUGUUCUUAAAAGAGGACUCAUUCUACUUUCGCACCAUUCGCAGAGUGGCCCCCGGAGAAGAGCUGCUAAUAUGGCCCACAGAAGGACUCAGCAGAAGACUUAAGAUUCCAAAGCUGGUCAUCCCAAAAACUGAGCAACGUAAGAAAAGAUUUGUUGUUAUUCAGUAUUGCAUCUCGGUAGCAAAUUAAAGAAAGUUAUAAUGGCAAAAUUAAAACAAGAAAUACCUUGGGUACUUAAUUUCGCGUUUUUGGCGAGGCAGUACUUCGCAGGGUUUUAUUUUCGCGAUUUAAAUAUAGGAAAAUACGAAAAAGGGGUAUCAAAUUUUGCCAUUUAAGCGUUCUCAAUUUCAUUAUAUCUCUCAAAUAGUCUGAACUUUUAAAAAUUUGUUGAUAAAUUUGUGCAAUCAAAACGCAUAUGUAUGUUUUUGUACGAAUCUAGCGAUUCAGAUGAAGAUGAUAGCAAGAUUAUACACUCCAUGCGCGACUUGGUGUGGCGAAAAAAUUCUAUCUAGAAGACAAAGAUUUUAACAAAAAUUCUCCUGCCAAUUAAGGCCCGUUUCAAACGUCGUGCUACUGCCGUGCCGAACUCAAUUGAUCGAAUUAAAUUCAACUUUAGCAUGGCAGUAGCGCGACGUUUGAAACCAAGUCGUGCUACUGCAGUGUAGCACGGCAAGCCUUGCCGUGCUACACGGCAGUAGCUCGACUUAGUUUUAAACGUCGUGCUACCGCCGUGCCGAACUCAAUUCAUAAAUUAUAAAUGAAUACAUUUAAAAGUUUGCUAAACCGUUUCUUUAUUUUAGUGUUGUGUUUUCGGCAACAGCCGGUCUAUUCGAUAUCAAUGUGUCGCCGCGACUUGUUGCUGCAACUUGUCGCCUAGUAAGUUUAGUCUAACCUUAAAUAUCACAUUUUGGAAACACUAAACAGUACACUUCUUGACUUUAUCACUCGAUGCCCGCCUCCUAACUUGCACAAGAACAGCAUUUAAAGUGAUAUUCCCUCUUAUAUAGCUCUUAAUUAAAUAAACAAUUCAAGCGGUACUAUUAAAUUCGAAGUUAGUUUGAAUCCAACCAGCCAAUCAGAGUUGCGUUUAUUGACUUAAUUCCCUCCGAUUGUUCGUGCCUUAAUCGAGAUGACGACUUCGAUACUACGGAGCGAAAGGCACAGUUACUUAGGCCCUUAUUCAUACUAUAUCGGAUCUAGCUUUUCGUGCCGUCAGGAAAAGCUGACUAGUAUAGUACAAGACAGUGUGAACAUCACUUUAAUUAGGAAUCCGUGCGGCGCUACUUCGCUCCAUUACAGAAAUCGCGCCAAAAUAACCGUUCUUAUGUGUGAACAGAAACCCUAUCCGGUUUCGUAAGGUAUUCGCGCCUGCGCAAAAGCUAUUCGGUAAAGUGUGAACGUCGCGUUAAUCAGAAUGCACCUAUAACGUCUUUCAUUAACUGUGAUCUGUACUUCAAUCACGAUUCUGGGCAUUUGAGUAGAACAAAUCCUUUCCCGCCUAACAGUAACCUAAUGGGUGAGCAACACUCACAACUAAUUAGGGUGCGCUUGCCGUGCAUUAACCUGUCAAUACCGACCUUCUUCACAAGAGUUCCCGCCGAAGGCGAAAGACAAUUAAAGUUUAUACGUCACAUGACUCCUGUCCUAACAGGCACUGCUUUUACUCGAUUUGGCAUUCAGGUUACCCCAGGUUAUGUAAAGAGUUCUAAUUAAACUGCAGAUACCUAACACCGUAUAUCAAAUUAAAGCUAAUUAAACUGGCAUUCUUAACAAUCCAACGGUUUUUUGAAAAAUUGCACUGUCAAUUUUGUUUAGGAAUUUUUUAAUGGGAAGGGCCGAAUCAGCUUUCGAAAACUAAAACUCGAAGCGAUAUUUAUUUUUUACUAAUUUGAUUUGCUCAAGUGUUUUUGGUAGUCAAAGCUCUAAAAAAAGUGUCGGGGUUUUCCCUUUUUCGCUUGCAAUCAAAAAUUUGAAAACAAAUUGGAAAUAACGCUAAAAAACAGAUGUUGGAUGAUCGAUCAAAAAUGCCUGUCAACAAAAAAGGUUUUAUUAAAACAAAAAAAUUUUGCGACACGUUUUUAAUUUGUUGCUUACACAUUAAAGUAACAUUCCUCAAAAUUCUAAGUCAAUCGAUCAAAUUCCCUUGGAGUUACAGCUUCUUAAAGUAUCCCCUCUGAGCGAAUAUUAUAAGUCGAGAAAAAGAGGCGAUUAAAAAAAUUCCCUCGCUUCGUAAACAAAGUCCGCCCACAAAUACUUCUCAGGAAUCUCUGCCAAUCCGCGCUUCAAUAAGAUUACUUCAGUUCGAUUUUUGGGUCCUCUUUCUAUUUUCAAACAACCUCACGUUUCGACUUUCGAGCCACAUUUGCAUUGGGAUCAAUAGUGAAAUCACCUUUUCUUUUAAAGCUGUGGAAAUGAAAGUCCGACGACAAAUGCAUCUACGCUUGGUCGAAAACCAAACCCGCCGGUAGAAGGGAAAGUUCGGCAGCUUCCACUGGGCCGACUAGUAUUGACAUAGAGAGAGGAUGAUAUAAUUUAACAGCAAUGUCGAGUCGCUAACUAAAAGAAAAACAGUCCCGAUUAUUCAUCCACCGGCCGCAUGGAAAUUCCCGUCAAAAACACCAUUGGGUUUCAAUCAAAUUGAAAGAGUAACUUUUACUUCCGGUACAAACGAAAAACCGUCAUUUCUCCACCAAAAUUUACUCUUUUCCAUUUUUUGUUUUUGUUUUUGUUUUGAUUUUUUUUUCAUAAAGAUCACACCUAAACCUUUACUAUGAGCCAAAUAUGAUAAUUUUAACAAACGUUUCCAUCUGAAGGUAUCCGCCGGUAACCUCGACAAAAGAUAGAGCCAUAUUUGGAUUACAGGAUGAAUUCCAGCUUUACUUGAACUCUGGUGAUCUGAUUUUCACAAAAGCAUUCAAGUCUUCAGUAUAUUUUCUCCAAAUAUUUUGGAUACAAUUUAACGUUUAACGAAAGUAGGAAUGUUUCUAAUCUUCCUCUCUCUAUCACAUUAACUUUCGAUUAUCCGUAAAUUUUUAGGUCUCCUUUUUGUACGAAAAAUAGCCUAACUUGCGUGGGGAGUGAAAUACGAAAAAUUAAACUUCAGAAAAUCGUGGGAAUUUUUUAGAUAAGCUUCGAAAAUUGCACAUUGCAUUUUCUCGCGAGCAGACUAUGGAAUAAAAGCUAACAAAUAUGUCCACGCGCCUCCUAAUAGAAAAACGGUAUCAGUAAAACCUGCAAUAAAUAGCAGGUAGUUCUCCUGUAUUAUCCGGUCAGAUGCUGUUGGGCGCAUUUCGCUAAUUUUUUCCCUCAAUGAACUCUGGCCUGAGGUAGCGCUUGCAAGCACUUUGAUUUCAAAGGUAUGACCUUGGAUUAUGUUUGAUCUACUAAUGUUCCAUCGAUGUGACUGUAGGGUUCCCUCUCAACGAGUACCCUAGCUGCCGUAGAAUUAUUAUGUAAGAAUCUGCAAACCUUCAAAUGUUACGGGAAGGGAUUCUGUUCUUUUUAUCCCGGCCUAAUGGUAUGGAAGACGGAGUGCCUCCUCUCUUAAAUAAAGUGUCGGAGCAAAGGUGAGUCCCUCAACAAUGUCUAAAUAACUAAUUUUCGGUCUAGAGCUAUAAUCUGACCUAAAAAAUUUAACAAUUUCUUGCUCUUGUUAACACUUAAUAUUCCGGUCUUAUUUAACCAUGGAUCCUUGCACUAUUUUAUGUUUCCGAUAACAGUGAUUUAGAAUUGUAAGCCUAGAACUGGAUUUUUUUGUUUUCGGUCAUAGGGUGUUAAUUUGCUGAGGCUUCUAUCCCUAUGGGCUCCUGUCCUAACUUCUAGCUAUUUACCCACUUUUGCAUUCCUUACACUUUUUCUGGUUUGAGGAGUGAUUAGAGUUAUUAUCAAGUUAUUUUGAGAAAAGACUUAAGCUCAAUACUUCUCUCGGGAAAGCGUGUUUGCAUACGUGGUAUUUAUCACAAUGCAGAUCCGAACAUUUCUAUAAGUCUCACUUCAAGAUGAACCUUUUUUGCUUCACUUUUAGGCAAUGAAAGCUCAUAGAAAUACUCCAGAUGAAACAAAAAAAUUAACUCCAUUGUCUGUUCAUAAACCGAAAAUUGACUUUUUUAAAUUACUAUUUACAACACUCACUAAAAGCUUUUUUCAAAUUAGCUCGCGCUACCAAAGAAAAGUAAAAGUUGCUAGUAAAACUAUACUCUUUAAUAAAAUAGGAUCUCUUAAUGAGUUAUAAAAGACACAACAGUUCGACCAAACUCAAGAUUUUUUAAAAGCUUUCAUAGACCUUAGUGACUUUAUUGCCGCAACAGAUGACUAAAAGCCGAUAAUCGCUACGUAAAGAGCGCCUAUUAUGUCCAUGAAAAAAUAAGCGUUACUAAGCAGACCAGCUCGUUCUUGAGGUAUUUUUAUUGUGCGUUAGUUAUACAGGCACAAUAACGCCUAGCAUGUGUCUGUAUUGUCCUACUCAUUUAGCGUAAUUGAGUGGUAAGAGAUUCAAGAGGCAUUUGUAAUUUGCAUCUUAGAUACCUCUCACAUGACGUGACUUGUUAAGCCCUGAAUGGGUGUAAGUAAUAAAAGUUCUUGUUCUGAUCCGGUACUGAAGUUGUGAUCAUAAAAUCGGCAGCUCCAAAUUACAUUACCAGCGACCAAGAUGUACCUUAAGUAAACUUUGCGCUGUUUUUUUAAUGCCCGGUUAUAUUUAAUUUGCAAGGUAGAGCUAAUAUUUAGAGAUGUCAGAAAUUUUACAAGGAGACAUAAAAACUCAACGUCUGAGAUUAAAAAAAUUAAAAAUAAUGUUUCGAUUCUUGUCACUUUUCUUACAGGUUAAUCAUUCUUUUAAUAGCAAUAUGUAUUUUUCAAUCGCGUUUUUUUAAUUUCAAUAUGUCCAAUUGUUUAAGCUGAUAGAAUCUUGAUAUAAUCUUGUAUUGAAGUAUCGUUGAUCAUUGUUCCAACAUAUUAAAGUUGUUCAUCAAACCCGUUUUUAUAGCUUUUGCAGAAUGAGCUUUCUAUCAUUUGCUUUGUACUUCAUGGCUACCGAAGGCUAGCCGUUCCGGACAGAGGUUUUAAAAAAGUAAAUAAACAAGUCACUGGACCGGCCAUGAUGCUAAGGAAAAUGUGCAAAGAUCUAAGUGAGAGCCACAUGUACUAGGCUUGUGUCAGGAAAUUGCGAAACUAACUUUUGGAGUGGGUUUUUCUUAUAUUGAUUUAGUGCUAUUAAUGCCGAAUGAGAGCUAGCGUGAUCGACGGUUCUCGAAUUCUGCUAACAUGUGGUUUUAUUGUUCUGAUAAAAGGACAUUGAGCAAUCAGUUUUAUGAUUCCACUUGCAUACAUAAAGUGCAACAGAAGGCGAGUUCUAAAAAGUAACCAUCCUGAUACUGAGAAACAGGCUAAUAUAAAGCCGUUUAUGCCGAGUUAAGGUCAUCAUUAUAAAUUUGAGUUAUAUCAAGAAUGUACAUUUCCUUCUCUCCUGGACUUAACAUUAUAGUAUUAUCUCAAUUCACUUCAAUGCUAUUGUUGUAUCGACUUGAUUUUAAGUGAAUAGGUUACAUGAUACCUUAGUUUGAUUUCUUCGAAACAAGAUUAUUCAGAUUAAUAAUUUAAGUACCUCGCUUAAUUACCAUCAAGAACCGUAGUUGUUCUCUCGUCUCCCUCUAUGUAACGAUUGCAAUAUAUGAACAAGUCGCGAGCAAAGGAUAUUGUUUAUUGACCAAAACCUGCCAACGCCCAAGUUCCAUUGUACACACGUUGAAUUCAAAAUAUUCUCUUGCGGAGUCAGAUAAAAAGAAUAUAAGUUAAACUAAAUAAUCAAUGCCCACAGAGCAUCUUCAAAUAAGGGAUCAAUAAUUUCACGUUGUAAUGUGUUACUGGGCAAAAGCAGCCGGUACGAACCCGCAAAAUCAGGCCUAAACAUGUGGCUUAUUGUACAAAAUCACUCGCGCAGAAAAUUACACCGCAUUAAUGGCAACAUUCUCUAUUAUUUUUAGCAGGAAUCUAACUUCUUUAAGAAUUGUCCUCCUUACUGUUGCGUCAACCAAAAAACAGAAACAAUCAGGAUUUCCUGUCCCGGAGAGAGCCUUAUGUAAGAAACAGAUGCACUAAUCUCUUUUUUAAUGGAUUAACGCUUUGAGCGCCAGGCAUUAUUUACGGUUUUAAAAGUUAAAGAAAACAGUAUUCCCUUCGGAAAAUGAAGAAAUACUAAAUUCAGUUGAGACUUAAAAAAAAUAAAAAAGAGCUAAAAGAUAGUCAAGCUACGACACCCAAGAAAAUUUCUGGUGUAGGUAAAAAUAUGAAAUCUUUGAAUAAAGUACUCGGGUUGAUUUUAAGUCAUCGCCAAAAGCCCGCGAAAAUGUACAAGUCUAAUAGUUUUCAUGGUGCGAGGUUUAUUCUUUCGCGGCUAAUGUUUACUGAAGAAAUAGUUUACCGACAGGUGGUAUAUUCAAGUUAAAUAUGUAUAAUCGUUUUGGUCCGUUAAUGAUACAAUAGUGCUUUUCAAAACAACUUCAAGUUAUUAGGUGUUUAAAAGAAGAUGUGGAAGAAAAAUACGUAUGGUACUUUGGAACAUAUGAGAUGAAUUUUACCGUAUCUUUAUUUGAUAUUCACUAUUAAAUAUUCAGUGGCAUCUUCAGCGAACGGCAACAGUCAGCUCUCUUAACGGAUGAAUGCAUUUAUUAAAAAUUAGGAUUUUGCACUAAAAGAAGGAUAAACAAUAAUCCCAAAGUCAACAACCUUUUUGCACUGCCGAGUUCGCAAAGUUAGGAAAAAUUACCGAUAAAUUACUGGAAAGUAAGAUAGCACGACAGAUAAAUAAGGAAAAUGAAAAGAAACUGGCCAUUUCCCCUACAAAUAGUCUAUUUAAUGAAACCAUGAAUACAUGAAAUUUAUAUUUCAGAACUGCGGGACAAGGAAUUAAAUGUAAGGAAUCACGAUUGUCGUAGUUUCAGAUUCAACUUUUGCAGUUGCAAGAUAAAGGUAGCUGUACAAGAUUCGAACUCUUGACCUCUGCGAUACCGGUGCAGCACUCUGGUUAAUAGAGGCUGCGGUAUCAGGAACUUAAUGCCGUGAAACAAAGUAUGUAAAGAGGUUUCUACUGACCACUUCAAUUGAUUUUACAGAUGUCAUACCCUAUAUUAAGCUACAAUGGAAUCCUGAUUUCCCGAAACACCUUGGGAAAAGCCGAUUGGUUCGAAUUAUCUUGAGGCUUAAAAAAACGGGGUUAAAAUUGCAGCUUUUGACAGUUGAAGGGAAGAAUAAUUGGGAAUUUCGAAAACCCGAGGGUUCGAAAUAUCGGAAGUGUACAUAAAGAAUUUACUCGUUAUUCUUGUCUUGGCAAUUUUUCAUUUUUGUAUAAUUUUGCCUCACUCACGUCACUGAAAAUUCAGUUUAAUAAAUUAGGCUGUAAAAAGCUGCACGCGUUGACCAGCAUAUUUUUCAUCAAUUAUAAAUGCAUGAGAAGUGGACAGGUAUAGUUUAACUGGGUCCCGUCCACGCGCAAUCCGGAUAUUUCUUUUUUAUACGAAUAGGGCGCGGAUGAAUGAGUGGUUUCACGUCUUUCACUGGUUUCGUGUGGACCGGAGGUCAAUUUGUAUUAAACUGUGAAAUAUGCGGUUUUAAAAAUAUCCGAAUUCGUGUGGAAGGGGCCUUGGUAAAUGUUUUGAGAAAAGUAUCAAAAACAAAAUAUUGUUAUAUAGCUGAGGUUCACUGCCAAACGAUUGUUUCUCGAGGAAGCAGAGUACGUGGGAAAAAAAACAAACAAGAAAAACAUUCAAACCAAAAUAAAAUACUAAAAGAUUCUAAUAUGCGAAGUCAACGCGCUGAGCGGGCGGGGCCGAGGUAUGCUUAUUUGCUCUUUUUGACUGCAUCUUAUCGAAAGGGAGAGACAACCACCGUCUUCCGCUACUAAGCAAAGCAAGCUGUCAUACAAGGUAUCUGUAUUGUUCAGGUAACAUGUGAUUUCUUUGUUUUUGUCUUUCUUUGUUAAACAGUGUUCGCAUGAGUUAAUAACUCUGCUGGCGACCAAUCUGGCAAAUUCAGUCUCUGUGUGUUACGACAAACACUUUUGCAAUUUCGAGAAGUUGCCGCAGCUAGCAUGCAGUUAAUAGCUAGGCUUUCUUCCGCUCUGUUCAAAGUUAAAAACAGUUCAACUUCAAAAGACAUUUCUGCACCGGGUGCAUUUUACAAAAGAUUGUAUCAAGCCUAUUCUUUUUUAAUUUCACUUUAAUUUGCCUUCAUAAUUAUUAUGGAACAAAACAACACUGAGAAAUCUGUGUUGCUUUUUCUGAAAGAAUAUAGUGCAAAAAGUUGCUUAGGUGCGGAGCUAAAUGGGAAAUUGAAGCUCGCGUGAACUUCAUAUUUGUUUCGUUUUCGUUUCUCUUAAUCACAUCAGUCUGACUAAAAAUAAAAGUGAUCCGUCUGCAAAAGAUAAAUGAUUUAUAACAUUACUUUGUUCCGUCUUUGAUUGAAACAAUCGCCUUUGAAGGUUGUUUUCCAGUUUAAAUGAGUCAUUUCGGAAAAAAAAUAUGACGAUGCUACAAAAAAUGACAACUACACAUGUCAAAUUGGUGUGGUAGAUUCAGAAGGUCCGUGUUUAUCCAAACUUUGAUUAACGCGUCAAUUUAUAUCCGAUAAUUGCUUUUCAGUUCAAAGAAAAAUUGAGAAAAUAACAACUAAUAAUAUCUCGUUAUUAUUCUUUUCAUAAAAGGUCUCUGUUUAGUUUAAUUCUCGGCUUUUCAAUUGCCCCUUUUAUGAAAUCUUCUUGUUCUUCUUGCAAACGAACUCUUGUAUAAUUUGUCUAAAAUGUAUGACAAUGAGCAAUGGCUUUGUUUAUAUCCAUCUUUUCGUGCCUUCUGCGAUUAAACGUUGCGUUAAAAAAUGGGACAUUAUACCUCUUUUCUGGUUUUUAACCCUUGCGAACAAGUUUUAUUACUACUGGUGUCGACUGGUAUAUAAUUUGUUGAGUCUAUGCCGCAGCUUGCUUCACUUCUCACGUUUGAAUGCAUUUACAAGCUCAUAUAAGAAAAAGUGCUGAUCUCCAUGUGCAAGAAUUUUUAUAUAUAUAUAUGUAUACAUCACAGAAAAAUUGUUUAUGACUUUAAAAGCAAGUUAAGAGAAAAGAAAGUUUAAUUGAUUUUCUAAAAGACAUUGUCGCGUGGUUUUCAGGGUGAUAAGAGAAUAUGAAAAUAUAAGUAGUAAAUUGAUAUCUCUACAAACAAUGGAAAAAUUUUCAUUUGAUGAUCAUUUUCCUUUUCCAAUAAACGUGAUGGCGUAAUCGAUAUUCCAAGCAAAAAUCCUUAGAGUGCCUUUUUUUCCCAAAAUUGUACAAUUUUUGGGAUUGCUCCGAAGAUACCGAAAAGCUCACGAAAAAGUGACUGCCCUCUUUUGGAGAAAAACAUCUCCAAAUUCAUUUAUAAACGGCCAUAUUUUUAUAUCACGAAUUUUUCAGUCAGAGGUGCGCUAAUGUUACCAGAAAAGUACAAAUGUUGUUUACUACCUUAACACCUUCGGAGUGAAAUCAAUUUCCGGUGUCUAGGAAACACGACAAGAAUGAAUUCAAUCUAUAAAAUGUUUAGCUGGGAUGUCAAGGGACGUAGUGAUCAAAUUGUAGCGCUUUGACAGUGAAGUAACUGCGAUUUUCGUUCUUGCGGAAGCAUUUCGAUUUAUUAGAAGCCUCUACUUUUUCUUCCAAGAUGGAACAGUUGUUUAAUUCUCAUUACGACAAUCAGUGUUAAAGUACCAUGUAGAACCGUAACAAGUGAAGGAAUUCUGUUGCCACACCUUCGAGGUUCCUUCCAAGUUAUCGCGGUCAACCAACUACAAAUGGCUUAUAUUUACUUCUCUUAUUUCCAGCCGACUUUCUUGCAGAUAAAAAAUAACAAAUUGUUCAAAAGUUCUCCAACUCCUUGUUGAGUUAUAGAGAAUAUUUCGCGUCGUUACUGCUCACUUAAUUGUGCUGAUGUUAUUUAUCUAAGGAGCUGGUAGCAGCUUUUGUUUUGCUUCGUCGGAUUGCAUUCUCUCACAUUAAGCCAUGGCGAACAAAACAUUUCCUGUUCGUAGGUACUUUCAUUGUGGCGCUACGGUUAACAAUGCAACACGUGCAUGGCCUUAACAUGUCUGUUAAACGCAACCGUAAGUCAUUUAAAGUCCAUUUUUCUUGGUCCGGUACCCGGGUGCCUCAAAUAAUCUACUAAAAUGGCUCACCCGUUUGGCGUUCCGUGGCUACUUUCUAGUUCGCUGGUAAGAGUGAUUUUACCCGUUAACUUAGUUAUCCCUGUGUACCGAAGGAGACUGCACGGUCUGAGACUUCGAACUUGCUUUUGCAUCUGUUGGCUUAGGAUACAUUCCAAGGACAAAAGAUUUCCCUUUUCAGCCGCGUGUCGAAAUUAUAUAUGUAUAAAGCGUGAUACAUCUAUUGUGUGGGUUGAACAGCCAUCCCUUUGUGGCAAUUCUAAGAUAUAUAGGCAGCAAAGGGCGAACUAAACAACUCGACACCGAGCUCGUAACGGGUCACGUGCAAUGACUACGGCCACCAUUUGGCACCUGCUAAAAGGACGAUCUUGAAUCAAAAAGCGUGGUAAAACUUUUUUAUCUACCGGUUUAUCGCUGGUUAUGCUUCCAACGUCCUAGCUCUUGCAGAGCGGCUCAGCUGUUUGCAAAGUGCAGCUUACGUAUUCUAACCGCUUCCCGAUUUCGCCCAGGCAACGGCGCCCAUUAUAACACAGAGCAAUUUAAAAAGCACAACAGACAGCGUAAUUUGAUUGGCCGGAGUCAUUAACAAAAGAUCUAACAAUAGAAUUGAAUGACCCUCGUGGCAAAGUUUAUUGUCUCAAAAAUCAGUGAACUUUACUUAGCGCAGUACACUAAUCGAGUUUCUCCCAUUCUCCGCCUAACGCAGAUAGUUAUCAUCAGUGCACCCCGAAAACUUAAACUACAUUAAAAAACCGCUCAUUUUGAAAAAAUUUGAUAUUUCUCGGCCGAUAGUGGUGAAGCUAAUUACAGCAUGGCUGGUUAAUUAUAAAUAUACCAUUGAAUAUUAAUAACCCUCCGCGCUCGAGCGCCGAUAUUAUUUAAGUUGUAAGCCAGUAGCGAAGGCGGAGGAACCUAGGGCCUUUCGCACGUGUCACUGAAUCGCUGUUUGGCUGUCCCGUGAAACGCGCUUCUGAUUGGCUGGUUUAAUAGCACGUGUCAUUAACUUUGCUACACCUGUCGGUUCUUUCACAGGUGAAUACCAAUAUAUUUGUCACCACUGCUCGCAAGUGUUUGCAUUCCCAAACACACUUAAAACGCACAUCGCAUUUGAGUGCGCCACAAACCGUACGAAGAGCUAUAAAGAGACCCUGCUUCACAGUCAGCGAGCACACUCACACACCAGUCAACUUUCAAGUAGAAACAACCCGUUGAACAGGCGGCCGAGAAUGAGCACUUUGUUCCUGAGUCCAAACUCGGAUACGGACGGGAUACAGGUAUCUAAACAGGACACUGAUCCAGCGCUAGGUCUAAAACAUGAUGGAGAAUCGACUAGGAGUCAUCACCAUAAUGGCAGCGGUUUCUUAUCCGACGUGUCAGUUCACGAUGACAAAAACGGAGGCCAUUCCUCAUCUGGACUUAAUUUAUCCAACAGUAUGCCGGGUUCUUUGAAUGGCUUAAAUGGCUUUAAUAGCUUCAACAACCUCUCACUGGCCAUGAAUCAGUUUCCUUUCCUCUCAAAUUUCAACACCGACUCGUUCCUGAUGAAGGAAAGCCCAAAGUCGCUGCAAAGUUCAGGAGGAGAGAGCUCCACAUCAUCCAAAGCAUCACCGCCUGGGUUUUUGAUGCACUCAAGCUCCGACUUGCAGGUCGUCAGAUCUCCAGACAAGCUCCAGCCUGUUCUUACGCCGCUAACCCCUGUGAGUUUGCCUUCCUUUACGGCCGAAACAUUUGGGAUUAAGGAAGGAUUGAAAAAUUCGCCGAUUAGCGUACCUCCAGUGGGUCAAUCGCCGCAAUCAUUUAGCUCUGCAAGUUUCAAUGGCUUUAAAAGUCCCGAGCUUGGAUCUGUGCCAGUUUCCUCGGAAUUUCCAUCAAUCUCGCGACCGCUUUUGAACGAACUAAAUGGACUUAAUGGAAUGCGGUAUAAUUUGUCACAGGACUCUGCAUUUUCGCAGAAUCAAAUGGAUAUGUUGACUAAUCCCGCCUUUUUGCUGCAGCCUCGUCCACCACUUUGUAGUCCGUCUGCGAUGCCCUUUUUCAAGUACGGUUUUCCGGCCCAGGGAUUUCCACCGCUAAAUGGCCAACCAGUAAUGAAUCCAUCAGGUCCGAUGAUGUUCGGAGCAGAGCAAAAUGUUAACCGAUUACCUUCAUCUUCAACUACUCCAAACCCGGAUGGGACGAGUUUGAACGGAGGUCAAUUGGGGCCGGAUAAACCAAAGACGGGAUGCAACGAGGAGAUGAUAAACGAUCUUAACUCCAAGAAAGUUAAUAAAGGAUACCUGUGCGAGCUGUGUGGAAAAUUGUACACCCGCAAAUACGGGCUCAAAAUCCACAUGCGGAUUCACACUGGAUAUAAACCGCUCAAGUGCAAAUACUGCCAAAAGAGGUUCGGAGACCCUAGCAAUAUGGCGAAACACAUUCGCCUUCAUGCUGUUGGAGACACUCCCUACAAAUGCCAGUACUGCGGGAAAGUUCUCGUAAGAAGAAGAGAUUUGGAUCGUCAUAUAAAAUCAAGGCACCCAAAUGGACGCUAAAAUGGUAAAAAUCUUACUUUUUAAUUCAAAUUUCUUAUAUCUAGAGUAAGUUUAUCCAGUCAAGAAGACUUCUGUGAAGGUUUUCUUUUUCUCUGCGACAUUGAACAAUCGAUAACAAUUCAAGGCCAUUGAGGACCUUUUAUUCACAACAGUCGUACGCAUAGCGAAAGCCACCGUAUUCGUAUCCAUAGUUCAUACAUUUGUAUAAAAUUCUUCCACGUAUCCAGUGUUAAGACUAGAAGACAUUUAUAAUAAAAAAAGGAUAUAAGUUUGUACGAUAACAGAAAAGCAAAAUAAAAAACGUGC